AUGUGGGACUCUUGCACAAUGAGCAUGCCCACACUCGCUAAGAGGAAAAAACCGUGCGGGUGUCAAGCCAAAAUCCAAUAUCGGCUACAAGGAUCUGUUGCCACUUUCUUCACCAUAUCACUGCUAGAAAAAUUCAAUUUUUCAACCACCAAACGCCCACUUUGCAUCACUUUUGGUUCACCCUUUAUUGGUGAUGAAGGCCUGCAGGAAACCAUAUCUAAAUUUGCAGCAUGGAACUCUUGCUUUUUGCGUGUGGUUUCUGACCAGGAUCCAGUUCCUAGAGUCUUAAUUAAUGAUUACAAGCCUUUUGGAACAUUUCUCUUGUGUUCGGUGUUGGGUUGUUCUUGUUUUAAGGACCCCCAAACCAUUUUGGAGUUGUUGAUGGCAGCCUAUAUAGGGAGUCCUGAAAAUCAAGAUCCUAAUAAGGUUUUUGAGUCCUAUGGAACAUUUUUGGAGCAUCUCAAUCGUAAGGUACUUUGCAAGGAUACUACCGAUCAUGAGUCAUCAAUUGAUUGGACUACACCACCAUUACGGGCAAGCAUUAUUACAAAACUAGCAGCAAUUGGACUGGUGUGA